CCCUAUGAAAACUUACAGUGUUUUGUACGUACGGCUAAUUUGCACAAAUAGAUCAUGGAAUCUAAUAAAAUGUGCGAAAAUCUAACAACUACAAAAAAGACAAAAUUAACAACAAAAAGCGCAACGAAUACGCAUGUGAAAAUUAAAAGUCAGCAACUUGCGGAAUUGCAUAAAACUUACGAAAAACUACGAACUGAAAUCGAGCGAUACUAGACAUUAAAUAAAAAGGACAAGAAAAGCAAAAGCAAAGUAAGAAAUAAAGUCCAAAACAAAAAUUAAAAUCCAAAACCAAAGAAUAACGAAGUGUAUAAAGAAAAAUUGCAAAGUCAUAACUAAACGAACGAACUGUGUAAAUACAUAACUAAAAAAAAAACUUAAAACAAAGGCCGCCAAACAAAUUAUAUCUAAAUUAAACCAAAUUGAAUUAAAGAAAACAAGAACAACACACAAAAAGUAAAAAAAAACAGAACUCUCAAAUCCAGCUGCUUUGUUGACUAUGUCCGAAACUGAGCUGUAUGACAGCAAAGGCAAUUCCGAAUCCUUCCUGCAAUAUGGCAACGAGAAACCACCACCGAUCGUUGUUGUUGUCGGCGAUGGUCGCAGUCGGGUGCGACGUGUGGUGCGCACAGCAACACGUCACGUGACUGUUGUCAGUUACUCGACACGACACAAGGAAACGCGCACCCAUACAUCGCAUCAUGUGACGACUGUGAGUUUCCCACAAAAAUCCAUCGAGCGUAGCGGUUCGACCCAAUAUGAUAUUGCUGCACCGCCUGGCUCCACAACAUCCGGUUCCACAAUGUCAACGGAUUGUGGUGGCUACGUUUACCUGCAGCAACACUAUAUACCCUCGAGCUCUUCCAGUGCUGCUAUAAAUUAUCCCGUCAUGCCACAAUCUCACAUGAUUUACCAGCAACAUCAUCCACAACAGUAUGCUGCAACCUCGUGCCAUCAACAACAAAUCGCACAUCAACCAGCAACAGCGGGAACCACUGGUGGUAUACAUCAUGGCCAACAUGUGAGUUUACAUCAUCAGCAUCACCAUCAUCAUCUACUGCAUGGCCAUCAUCAUCAUCAUGGUGGUGCCGUUGUGAUUGCAGGCAGUGGUGUUGGCACUGGCAUGGGCGGCAGCGGCAUCGCUGGCGGCGGUCCAGGUAGCACUUCACCAUCGGCAAUGCAGCAAAAUAUGCACAAGAAGAACUCUAUACGAAAUGGCAGCGAUGUGAUGAAGCGCGCACGUGCACAGACAGCAUACGAGCUCUCACAAGAUUUGUUGGAGAAACAAAUUGAACUAUUGGAGCGUAAGUACGGUGGCGUGCGAGCACGUAAUGCUGCCGUAACGAUACAACGCGCCUUUCGCCACUAUAUGAUGGUGAAAAAAUUCGCCUCAAUUACCGCAAUGGCCAAAGCUGAGAAGCGUCUAAGUCGUCGUGUAUUAAUAGUGUCUGGCGGUGGUGGUGGUGGGACCGAAGAUGGUCCUGCCUCCAAUUCAUCAUUGUCCUCGGCAUAUGGAAGUGCAACUGAAUCUCAGCUGGAUAUGAUACAGCAACAGCAGCAACAACAGCAGCAGCAGCAGACACAAAUACAGGGCUCUACUUCACCGUAUGCCGUCAACCAACAACAGCCGCGUGUUACCAUCUUGGCUGGGCCACCGGGCAGCGUAGGCGUUCCAGCUGUGCCUAUUGUUUCGUCAAAUGCCAUGUCAGCGCGCACACCACCCACGCGUUCGCUAUCGAUGCGCGAGCGCCGCCAGCAGGAUGGCAGCCCUAUACCGCGCAGUCAAUCAGGUGCCUCCUCGGUUCCCAUUGGCGGCGGCGGCGGUGGCUCUUCUGCCUCUUCGACAUCUUCCGGCACGCUAGGUUCAUCCGGAUCUACGCAUCCACAUGUAAAUCUACUACACGCCACAGAGCCACAUUUCUAUGGCAGCCAACAUCUGGCCACCCAUUACUAUCAUGUGCCACCACACGACGCCAGUUACGGCAGCUCGGCGAACAAUUCACAUUUGGACGGAAGCUCGUUGAAUACCUCGUGGGCGAGUGUUGCCAGCGUAGCCAGUGGCACGUCGCCCCAUACCCCCUACUAUUCGGCGGCUCAAAUUUAUAUGCGACCAAAAGGCGCCCCUGGCAGCACCUCAGCCGAGCGCAAGAAGGUCCCACCCGAGGUACCGAAACGCACCUCCUCCAUAGCAGCACAGCAGCAUGCGCAGCAUUUGGCCGCCCAGCAACAACACCAACACAUGCUAAUGAUGCGCCAAACUCCGCCGCCACCACCCUCGUUGUUGCGUUCGAAUGGGCUUUGUAAGAGCGCCGAGAAUGGCAGUCUCACGUCUGUGCAAAGUUCGGGUAGUGAUUCGAGCGUUACAUCAGCCGAUCGAAUUGCAGUUAACAGUGAUAUUGGUUCGGAUCGUUCGAAUUCGCCGCAAACGUGGAAGCGUAACACGGCGCUGUCGAGCUCACAACAGUUCGUGCACAGCGGUGACUCGUCAGCCCCGACGGUCACAUUUAGCCUCGCACACUCAACCGCUGGCAUUGUAACAGGUGGUGUAGGUGGCGCCUCAGGCGUUGUGGGAGUGGUUGGCGCAGCCAAUACAGCGGAUGAUCAUGCUGUGUCUUCGCAUACGACUGCAGCGCAGUACGAACAGCACGAUCAACAGCAGGAUCAUCACUUGAAUGCGGCGGCGCCUUUGCAGAACUACAAGGUUUCAGAAACGAUACGCAAGCGACAGUAUCGCGUCGGUUUGAAUUUGUUCAACAAGAAGCCGGAGAAGGGCAUCACAUAUUUGAUACGGCGAGGUUUCCUUGAGAACACACCUCAGGGCGUAGCGCGCUUUCUCAUCUCGCGCAAGGGCUUGUCGCGGCAAAUGAUUGGAGAGUAUUUAGGAAACUUGCAGAAUCAAUUUAACAUGGCGGUGUUGAACUGUUUCGCAUUGGAGUUGGACCUAUCUGGCAUGCAGGUCGAUGUAGCGUUACGCAAAUUCCAAGCUUACUUCCGCAUGCCAGGCGAGGCGCAGAAAAUUGAACGGCUAAUGGAGGUGUUCUCACAACGCUUCUGCCAGUGUAACCAGGAUAUAGUCGGCCGACUGAGGUCCUCCGAUACGAUCUUCGUGCUGGCCUUUGCCAUCAUUAUGCUAAACACCGACUUGCAUACACCCAAUUUGAAACCGGAGCGCCGUAUGCGCGUGGAGGACUUCAUAAAGAAUUUACGCGGCAUUGAUGACUGCCAUGAUAUUGAGAAGGACAUGCUCGCUGGCAUUUACGAGCGCGUGAAGGCUAACGAAUUUAAGCCAGGCAGUGACCAUGUCACACAAGUAAUGAAAGUGCAGGCCACUAUUGUGGGUAAGAAACCCAACUUGGCGUUGCCACAUCGACGCUUGGUCUGCUAUUGCCGCCUCUAUGAAAUACCCGACGUAAAUAAGAAGGAACGCCCUGGCGUACAUCAACGUGAAGUUUUCCUCUUCAACGAUCUGCUGGUGAUUACCAAAAUAUUCAGCAAGAAAAAGUCCUCCGUGACCUAUACUUUCCGCAACAGUUUCCCACUAUGCGGCAUGGUAGUUACGCUGCUCGAUGUGCCCAACUAUCCAUUUUGUAUACAACUCUCACAAAAAGUCGACGGCAAAAUACUGAUCACUUUUAAUGCGCGUAACGAACACGAUCGUUGCAAAUUCGCCGAAGAUUUAAAGGAGUCCAUUAGCGAAAUGGACGAGAUGGAGGCGUUGCGCAUCGAAGCCGAGCUAGAGCGGCAGAAAUCGGCGCGCAAUCGUACAGCCGGGAGUUCUGAGAACCGUGAUAGUGGCGUAGCUGACGUAGAAGUGGGAGCAUAUCAGUCCACACCAGCUGGCGAGCUAGCACCGAAUGCAAACGAUGCCGCGCAGCAGCUGAAACGUAGCGCGCUCAGCAACAGUCUACUCGAUAUGCAUGAGCAAUUUGGCAACGAGAAGCCACAGCGUCGUGGCAGCGUCGGUUCCCUGGAUAGCGGCAUGUCUAUUUCCUUUCAAUCGACCACCACAAGCAGCGCUUCACGCGAGAACGCCGCCGUUAUUGCAGCAGCCGCCAAUGCAGCAGCAGCUAAAAUGCGUUUCAAUCUACCCGCUGGCGCCGCCGUGGCAAUGGGGGGUAAUGUAAGCGCUGCUAUGGUUUAUCCCAAUGCUGUCGGCUCGUAUGCUCACGCGGCAGCAGGUUUUGUCAGUCAACCGCACGCAAUACUUAUGCAGCAACAAUUAGCAGCGCAACAGCAACAACAGCAUUUGCAGCACAUGCAACAACAACAACAGCAGCAGCAACAAGCACAUGCACAGCAGCAGCAGCAGCAACAAGCACAUGCAGUUAUGCAGGGCUCAAUAACAGGACGCAUGCCGAGUAGCGGGCGCGAGCGCAAAUCGUCGCGUUCUGAUGAAAGUGGGCGUUCUACUGAAGUGUAAAGAAAGAAACAGUAUGAGGGGGAGGGAAGCUGUAGAAAAUGUAUGUAAGCGAACUGUAGGGGAAGAGCAAAAUUUACUGCAAUUUAAAGGGAGUAUCUUAACACAGCUAGGAAACAGCGCCAGGAAAGUUAAAAACUAUUGCCUUUUUCUUAAAAAAUGGGUUUUGAAGGUGAAAACCUUUUUGUUACAUUAUUUUCUUUGUAAAUAUUGGAUUUUAGCAAAUAUUUUCAAGUAUUUUCUAUGGCAAGAAAAGUAUAUCACUUUUAUAAGAGUCUAGUUUGAGCUCUUCUUAUUCCGAAUGAUGCCUUGGAUGCAUUUAAUUUAAGAUGUGACAAGCCACUAACAAAUGCGGUCACAAAAUCAAUAACAAAUAUUUACUUUUUGGUUGAGAACCUUAAGUUUUUGAUAGUUUUAGUAAAUUUUAGGCGCUUGAAAUAAUUUUGAUUGUAAUUAAAAAUAUGUAAAUAAACAUAAUUGUCAAUAAAGUAAAUUAAUGAUUUACAAAUUGAAUAACUUACAUUUUUAAUUAACAUAUUUUAACCCUUUAUUUUUCAAUGCCAAUUGCUUCCUAUAAUAAAAUAAGAUUGUGCGUUAUUUUGAUCGAUAGCAAUGGCCUUUUCCGGGUUUCCAAUGAAAAUGGUGGCAAAACAUUAGCAUUCGAAAAAUAAAUGUCGCUUCUGAUUAAAAAAUAAAGAAAUAUAAAAUAUAAAAUAAUAUAUAAAGAAAUAAAUUUGUUGGUGAAAAAUCGUUAAAGAACAUGUCUCACAAAAGUAUUGGCAUUACACCCCAAAACCAGUGCCGAGUUUUUCAGUCUCGCAAACUUUACUAAAAAUUAAGCGCUGCAAUGACAGAAAUCACGAAGAAAUGUUUGGCAUUUCAGGAAUAUCAUAAGACGUUUAAAAUUACUUUUUGGAAUGCAUAACUUCGUAAAUUUGUCAAAACAUUGGCCAGUAGAAAUCCUGCAUUAGAACUUGUUAAAGCUACCUUUACACAGGUCGACAAAAACCGUCUGAGCCUAAGUAGACUUGC